CAUCUGCGUAUUUGCAGGUUACCUUAGUUCUUAGAACCAACCGCGCUAAAGAUUCGAAAUGCAAGGCAGUGUGAUGACCACCUUCUCCCUGAGACCAAGGCAGUGCAACGGGAGCUGCCUUCUCGCAUCAGCAGCAUCACAGCGGCCAUGUAUUUCUUGGAGGCGUCGGCAGCAGAAGCACACGCUGCAACGCCAGCAAAUGCAACAGCGUUCAGUGGCAACAGUACAUCAUGAUAAUCUUGAGGUUGACGAUCGCUUGAGCAAGAACCCAUGCAAUUUUCAACCUUCUAUAUGGGGAGAUUUCUUCCUGCGCUAUUCCGACCCAGCAGCUUCCUCCAAGCAACAGAUUUGGAUGGCAGAACGAGCAGAUAAAAUGAAGGAAGCCGUGGCAAAGAUGAUAGCAAGUUCAGUUGCUUGGGACCUUCAUCCGAGACUACAACUCAUCGAUGCAUUGGAGCGCCUGUGCCUGGUUCAUCUGUUCGAAGAUGACAUCAAUGCUGCAUUGGCUCAAAUUAAGACUGCCAAUGUUACUGGAUGUGAUCUUCACACGGUAGCUCUGUGGUUUUAUCUGCUCCGUAAGCACGGAUACAGAGUGUCUCCAGACAUAUUUGUGAGGUUUAAAGAUCAAGAUGGAAGUUUUUUUGCGAACAAUCCUGUGGAACUAUUGAGUCUUUACAACGCUGCUCACCUCGGAACCCAUGGAGAGACAAUACUUGAUGAAGCCAUAGUUUUUACAAGAACGCAUUUAGAGACAAUAUUUCCCUCUCUGGAAGGAUCAUUAGCACAUGAAGUCAAAUGUGCACUUGAGAUUCCCCUCCCAAGAAGGGUCAGAAUUUAUGAGUCAAAGUAUUAUAUCUCCACAUAUGAGAAAGAGGCUACAGUACAUGAAUCAGUACUGCAACUUGCAAAGCUAAACUCUAAUAUUAUGCAAUUGCAUCAUCAACAAGAAUUGGAACUCAUUACAAGAUGGUGGAAGGAUCUAGAGAUUGAAUCAAAGCUUCCAUUUGCCCGAGAUAGAGUUGUUGAGUGCUAUUUUUGGAUAUUAGGAGUAUAUUUCGAACCAUGCUACUCACGAGGCCGGAUAAUAUUGACAAUGGUGAUUUCUAUUGCCACCAUAUUUGAUGAUAUGUUUGAUUCCUACGGAACUGUAGAAGAGUGCGAGUUACUCACCAACUGCAUAGAAAGAUGGGAUAGAAAAUUGGCUGACGAUCUCCCAGAGUGCAUGAAGCAUGCGCUUGGGAAAAUUUUGGAUAGCUAUGAAACCAUGGACAAUGAGCUGGCGCAGGAGGAGAAAUAUCGCAUGCCCUAUCUGAAAAACUUCACAAUAGAUCUGGUCAGAGGCUACAAUGCCGAGGUAAAAAUGCGUGAAGAAGGAUACAUCCCGAGAACUGUAAAUGAGCACCUACAAGUUUCGUUAAGGACUGGUGCAUGUCACCUGUUGGCGUGCGCUUCCUUCGUUGGAAUGGACGAGAUAGCAACAAAGGACUCUUUUGAUUGGGUCUCUACCAUGCCUAAAAUCGUAAAAGCACUUUGCAUAAUUUUGAGACUAUUGGACGAUCUACAGACAUAUGAGCGAGAGCAAUUGCACCCUCAUGUUGCUUCAACCAUCAAAAGCUACAUGAAAGAGCACAACGUCUCAAUUGAAAUUGCACGCAAGAAGAUAGAGGAACUGAAAGAGGAGACGUGGAAAUAUUUUAACGGCGAGUGGCUGAAUCCUGAUAAUGCAGUGCCUAGUUCGCUAUUGGAGAGGAUAUUCAAUUUGACCAGGACGAUGGAGUUCAUCUACAACCUGGAUGAUAAUUUCACGAACUGUCAGAACCUCAGAGAUACCAUCCACUUGUUGUUUGUGGAGCCCUUUCCUAUCUCCUAGUGCAAAUAAUUCCAACAAAUAAACAGUGUGUCGCCCAGUGCCAGAUGCCCAUGUCCACAUGCACCAUAUUCUUUGUACAAGUUUGUGAUUUGAGCUACUAGCUACUGUUCGUUUGGUGUUUAUUUGUAUUUGGAAGUAUUGCCUUGAUUUCAGUCACCGUGAUGAUUUUUUAAUGUACCUUGGGCCAAAGUGACAACCAGUCACAUUUUACUCAAAAAAAAAAAAGAUAAGCAGUCACAUUGACCA